CUUCAGUCAUAGCAGCACGGUUGGAGUGUCCGGCUGGAGUAUACUGAUCACUUACAUUGUGUCAGUAUCUGUGUCUCGCGACGUAAGCGGCAUUGGGGGAUGCCGUUAUCUGCAUUUUUAUGUUAAAGCCGUACAGUUAAAGGGUGUUAUUCUAGCGAUAUGACGAUUUUUAUACCUUUAUGUUGCUUACACAGCGUGAUUUGCUAUGGUGAUACUACAAGCUAACCCCAAGCUAGCGGAUGGAUUGUUUUGGAAAAUAACUUUUUGAAAAACUCAUACCCUAACACAUGAAUUAGACGCUUUUUGUGAGUCUUCGUCAAGCUGGAACACAAAGGGGAAUGUCUAGCCAAGGAGUUAGGAGAAAUGGCCCAGUAAAGCUGCGGUUGACAGUCUUGUGUGCGAAGAACCUAGCAAAGAAAGACUUCUUCCGGUUGCCAGAUCCCUUUGCCAAAGUGGUGGUGGACGGCUCAGGACAAUGCCACUCUACAGAUACUGUGAGAAACACGCUGGACCCAAAGUGGAAUCAACAUUAUGAUCUAUACAUCGGAAAGGCAGACUCGAUAACCAUCAGUGUAUGGAACCACAAGAAGAUCCACAAAAAGCAGGGUGCAGGUUUCUUGGGCUGUGUGCGUCUCUUAUCAAACGCCAUUAACAGACUCAAAGACACUGGCUAUCAGAGACUUGACCUGAAUAAGCUCGGUCCCAACGACAAUGAUACUGUGAGAGGACAAAUAGUCGUAAGUCUUCAGUCCAGAGAUCGUAUUGGAUCAGGGGGGCCUGUUGUGGACUGCAGCCGCCUCUUUGACAAUGACUUACCUGAUGGCUGGGAAGAAAGGAGGACAGCUUCUGGAAGGAUACAGUACCUUAACCACAUCACAAGAACCACGCAGUGGGAGAGACCAACCAGGCCAGCCUCAGAGUACUCAAGCCCAUCAGGGCGUCCACUGAGUUGUGUGGUGGAUGAGAACACGCCGGUAAUGACGCCUGUAAAUGGGGCCGAGGCUAGUGGACCACCGGGGGAACAGCGGAUCCAGGAGAGACGGGUCCGAUCGCAGCGGCAUCGUAACUACAUGAGCAGGACACACCUGCAUACACCGCCUGACCUGCCUGAGGGUUACGAGCAAAGAACAACUCAGCAGGGUCAGGUCUACUUCCUCCACACACAGACUGGAGUCAGUACCUGGCAUGACCCUCGGGUGCCCAGGGAUCUAAGCAAUGUGAACUGUGAGGAGCUGGGCCCACUGCCACCAGGCUGGGAGAUCAGAAACACAGCUACGGGCCGCGUCUACUUUGUAGACCACAACAAUCGAACAACACAAUUCACAGACCCUCGGCUUUCUGCAAACCUGCAUCUCGUACUAAACAGCCCAAGUCCAAAUGGUUCCCGGGUGGCCAUGGACAGCCAAAACACUAACCUCAGUCAUCUGCCUCAGUUGAAGGAGCAGGGUGGUCCUGGGGGUCCUCCACAGGCUCUGUCCCCAGCCCAGCUGCCUGAAGAGGCAGAGUGCCUGACGGUACCCAAAUACAAGAGAGACCUGGUGCAGAAGCUGAAGAUUCUUCGGCAGGAACUUUCCCAGCAGCAACCACAGGCUGGCCACUGCCGCAUCGAGGUCUGCCGUGAGGAGAUAUUUGAGGAGUCCUAUAGGCAGGUGAUGAAGAUGCGACCUAAAGAUCUCUGGAAAAGACUAAUGAUCAAAUUCAGGGGGGAGGAGGGACUGGACUAUGGUGGGGUAGCAAGGGAAUGGUUAUAUCUGCUGUCCCAUGAGAUGCUAAACCCCUACUACGGCCUGUUCCAGUACUCCAGAGACGACAUCUACACUUUACAGAUCAAUCCUGACUCUGCUGUCAAUCCAGAGCACCUGUCGUACUUCCACUUUGUGGGUCGCAUCAUGGGCAUGGCGGUGUUUCACGGUCACUACAUCGACGGCGGUUUCACUCUGCCUUUCUACAAACAGCUGCUGGGGAAACCCAUCACGCUGGAUGACAUGGAGUCUGUUGACCCAGACCUCCACAACAGCCUCGUCUGGAUCUUGGAUAACGACAUCACUGGUGUGCUGGACCACACUUUCUGUGUCGAGCAUAACGCCUACGGAGAAAUCAUCCAGCAUGAGCUCAAACCCAACGGCAAGAGUAUCCCCGUCUCUGAGGACACCAAGAAGGAGUAUGUCAGGUUGUAUGUGAAUUGGCGCUUCCUGCAUGGCAUUGAGGCUCAGUUUCUUGCCCUGCAGAAAGGCUUCAAUGAGGUUAUUCCUCAACACCUGCUCAAAUCCUUUGACGAGAAAGAACUGGAGCUAAUCGUAUGUGGUUUGGGGAAGAUCGACAUCUCUGACUGGAAGUCCAACACCCGUCUGAAGCACUGCACCCCGGACAGCAACAUAGUCAAGUGGUUUUGGAAAGCUGUGGAGUCGUUUGAUGAAGAGAGGAGGGCGCGACUGCUGCAGUUUGUUACUGGCUCAUCAAGAGUUCCACUUCAGGGCUUCAAAGCUUUACAAGGUGCUGCAGGGCCCAGGCUCUUCACCAUCCAUCAGAUUGAUGCUAACACCAACAAUCUGCCCAAAGCCCACACCUGCUUCAAUCGGAUCGACAUUCCCCCCUACGAGAGCUAUGACAAACUCUACGAUAAGCUGCUGACGGCGAUCGAGGAGACGUGCGGCUUUGCAGUGGAAUGAGAGACACCUUUAAAGCUUGUUUGUGUGUGAGCUUGUGUGACUGUGUGCAGGACACUGGACACAGCCACACUGUCGUUAUGGUCACUGCGUCGUGCUGGCAGACUCCUUCACAGCGUGAUUGGUGCAUCUACGACCGGUCUGCAGUCUUCCUCUUCCUUUAACGCGCUCCACCUUACUCCAUCACUGAUAUCUGUUUGAACAGCUGCUACACAGUCCCUGUCCUUUUUUUUAAUUAUUGUUUAGUUUCUGUGUUUUCUCCCUUUUUCACAUUUUUUUCAGGAUUUUGUUUUGGAUCAUUUCUGUUAAAUGCGUAUGAGUAUUUUAACUUCUACAAAUGUUGGUUGUUGAGUUGACCAUUUGUUUUUGGAUUCAGAAGGAGGGACUGCCCAGUCAUCUCCCUACCAUCAGUGAUUCUUUGAAGGUUCUCCCUACAGAGCAGCUUGUAACUUUAGUUUCCAAUUUAAAAACUGAACCAAUCUUUGUGAUGCUACUGAAUCUUUAUCACUGCAGACAUCCUGCCCCUGGUAGCCAUCUUAACCUCAACUAACACACUUUCCAAUGCUCAUGGCCUGCACCGUUGGUUUGCUUCAUUUUGUAGGAGCACCACAGAUUCAUCCUACCUCAGUGUAAUAAUUUGAUACUCACAGGGUUACAUUCCUUAAUGUUACAUGGAAAAGUCAAUGGGUAGUCUUAAACUUAAUCAGAAUAGGAGCUUAUAAGUUUUCUUAGAGCAAAAAAGAUGUGCAAUGUCCAUUCCAGCAGUCCCCUCGUUACUGCCAAACCAAGUAUUUAAAAUAAUGACUAUAUCAUUUUCACAGGGGACUUGAAGUUGAUUAAAGAGUAACUAAACCCCAGAGUUUCAGCUGAGGUGCAUCUAUCCUGAUCCUAGGGAGGGAUGAGACACGCCCACUCCCUCCUUCCUGCUGUCCCUUAUCAGCCACAACAUCUUUCUGUAUAUGCUGCUUUUUAGACUUGAUUAUUAGCCACAAUGUCGUAACUAUUCAAGGACCACUUACCACAAGCUCACUGAGUAUGAAAUGAUGAAUUAUUGCCACGGAGAAGACACAAGUUUGCAUAUGAGCCAAAGAUUCACAACAAAAUCAGCUGAAACUCAAAAUUGAUUCUGCAACGCUCUAAACAUCUGUUAGUUCACGCCGCUGCAACUGAAGCUGCUACUCUCCCAGUUGUUCAUUUUAAAGACAUUUAGUUCUUAAGUUACUGCCCAAUAAAUCUCUCUUCAAGAGGGACAGUACUGCACAUUUUUUCAUACAUUUUUAUCAUCUUGCUAAUGCGUAACAUCAAGCUGUAUGAUUCCUGCUCAUCACUAACUCUUUGUCAUUACAGUCAUAGUGUGACAGCAAAAUUUCCUUGCACAUAUGAACAUAAAAUGCUUUUCUCAGUCUUGUCAUAACUAAGAUAUCUACUGAGAAUAAUUUUCCACAAACAAAUGAGGCUCCUCUAGCCUUUUAUAUCUCAUCUAUUAGUUUAUAUAAGGCCACUCUUCCUGCUUACUUCUACAGCUGAUGGAGGAAACAGGAAUGUUUACAGGCUGAAGUUUCUAAAAUUAUAUAAAAAAAAAAAACAGCUGUAAUCAUUUCCAAAAUUUACGCCAUGUUUUAAUCUAGAUAUGGGACAUCCUGAAACCAGCUGUCAUCAGAUUGCUGAGCUGAAUCACAGGCAACAUCAUCAAAGAACCAAACCAUACCCGAGCUGCGACAGCUUCCUUCAGACAGCUGAGACCAUCGCCAGUAAUGUCUUUAUCCCACUCAUCUUUGGUCUGAACUUGGCUUUAUCCACUUCAGUUUAAGAAAAAAAACAUGGUUUUUUUUACAGUCUCACGCAUCACUGAACAUUACCCAAAAUCCUAGAGUGCUGCUUCAACAUCUCUGAUUGGCUUUGCUCGUUUUGCUCGUGUGAAACUCCUACAUUCCUCUGCUAGUAGUGACAUUUAGCAGUCGUUUUAUCGACAAAAAACAGUUUAUGUGGGACACUAGUCAGUAUAUUAUUGACCUCGUUUCAAGAAAGGCACGGUUUAUUUGCGAUCUCAGGCAACAGCACUACAUAACCCAUAAUCCUUGAGUGUAACACCAAAGUCUCUGAUUGGUGGAGCAGCAAAUUUCAACUGUAGCUGCUCAGGGUGCAGUAAAAUGCGGGCAGGUAACGUGUAGCUCUGUGGUGACAUCAGAUGGCACCACUUGCACCUGUAUUAACAGUUCAGUUGCAGUAGACCAUUUUAACCUGAAGGGGGCAGUUGCUAUGCACAUUUUAUCACCAAAUGUUAGGAUUUGAAUCCCAACUACUAAAUCCUCAUCUACAUACGUCUUCAUCUGAGGGUUUAGUUACUCUUUAAUUAGUCUAAAGUUUUGGGGGUAUUUUUGCUUGAGAUUGGAUGUUUAAAAAUGAGGGACAGGCUCUGGUUAACAUGAAGAAAAUACAACCCACCCCCCAGAAUCACUGCAGCGUGGCCGCAGCGUGUGCAAACAUGUAUGUUCUUAUGUCUCUGCAUGUGUAAACAAUUAUGGGCUUGUAUGCAAGGGAGGUAGAAGUUUUCUAGAUAAAUUCUGUCAUCUGUACCGGCACAGUUUGUGAAUCAAAGCUGCAGAGUUGAUGAAACCUCACAUUUGGAGCCUGGUCAGUCUUCCUUUUUUGUCACACAUCGAUCUGCAGCUGUUAUGUAUAAAGUUGCCUGAUUUGAUUUAAUGCUGUACACUUUCUGUCAUUUUGUAUAGAGGAUACAACUGUCCAGGGGACCUGGUUUGAUGCAAAGCUGUUGAAAGCAGGCGCGUCUUUUCAGUCACAUUAUCAGUCUUUCUGUUUCGUCACUUUUUAGCACUUUAAAAACUGAGCAGUGAUGGCAGGAGUGCUUCCUUCACGUAAGAUAAAGAUAUAUCGUGUCCUUUUCUGUACAUCAACAAUAGAAAUAUACAGAGUAAGAAGUAUCACCUGUAAUUUUGGGGUAUAUAUGUACAAAUGCAUAGCUAUUUUGUAUAUUGUUGCUUGUUUUAUCUGUUCAAUUUAAAUGCAAGCAUGUUGGUGUCUGCCACAUACCUUUUUGCAUUCUCAGGUAAAGUUGUGGAUUUAUUUUAUUUUAUUUUACAUGUAUUAAUCUAGUAUAUGUGGUAGUGGAGGGGGUGGGAUUGGGGGUUGCUGGAAAUUUCACUUUUAAAGACCCUGAUUUUAAAACCAAGAUGGAGAGCAAAAGUUGGCAACAUUUUCUUGGAGUCAUUCGGCACACUGUUCUUCAUAGGAGAGCGUGGAUGGCAGCAUUUGCAGCCCAAGAGCUUCAUGUCACAACUGAAUCCAGACAGCAGCACAGACAGCACUGAUCUCCAAUUAACACGUGUUAACAUCUAGGUUUUUUUCAGUAGGGAAAUACUGUGUUCAGAGUGUUAGAGGUCAAAAGCUGCUGACCCACUGGGUGCUACUCAGUGACAGUUUUCAACACAUUUUCUAAAACUCUGGCAUCAGCAUCUGCAUCAGCAGUGUCUAUCCAAAGAAAACCCCUAACAUGAGUGGAUGCACAUGAGAUAGAGCCAGUUCAUUUAUUUCAUCUCCUUUAAAACUUUGACUUGGAAAAGCUUUCUUUUUUGUAUACAACCAGCAUUUAUUUGUAUCCAUGAACAGUUUUGAUAUGUGGUACUGACAAACUUUUUUUCAUUUAAUGCCAAUCAUCUGACAAAGCAACAAAGCAUACCAUAUUAUUGCAACCAUAUUUAAAUUGUCAUCUUUGUACAAUUACAGAGAUUUUUUUUAUUUUAUUACUAAUAACCUGACUCAGAGGCAGAGAAGAAAUGCAUUACAACUUUUUUGCACGUUAUGCAUAAAUGAGCUCCAAUUUAAUGUCACAUGCUUCCUUCUAUCUACCAAAUAGUUAACGGACAGAUUGAUAUUUCUUUUUUAAAAUGUAGAUAACAUAAAUAUAUACACACAUGCUCUUGAUAUGCACACAUGUAUGUUUGUCCAGUGCACACAGCCCACUGCGGCUCUUAAAUUACGUUUUCUGACUGCUACAUUUUUUGUUGUUGGGUUCGAAUGCUUUGAGGCGAGGGAUAAUCUGACCUGCAAACAGGAAAAAUUUGCAGUGAUGGUUAAGUUAGUCACACUUGAAUGCCUGUAAUAUAAAUGUGUCUACUCGCUCCAUCUGUUACACAUUAUAAGACAAGUGGAGUUCCAGUUCUGAAAAAACAAAAUGUUCUUUAAAUUAGUUUUAAACAAAGCAAGAUAUCUAGCCCCAACAUUUUAAGUAAAAAUGACAACUAAAGUCCAAUUUAGUGUGUGAGUACAAGCGAGUGAGUGUAAAGAUGUUUGUUUUUAAUGAAAUCAGUACAAAACAUUAAAAAACAUUUUUAACUGCAACAUGUUUUAUUUCUUUUGAUUUCCUGUUUUUGUAUUUAUUAUUACAGUAUAUGUGUUCAGAAUUUUUCACAUCAACUGCUCUGUGAGCUUGUAACUGACACCUGUACAUAUAGACGACUAAGAAACAAAGUAAUAAACUUCCUGUACCCUUGCAGAAAGCUGAGCAAUAAAACUAUGCUGUUUGAA